CCCGGCCAGCGAGAGCUUGGCGGCGCCGGCUCCCGAGCCAUGGGGAGGUUGGUGGCUCUGAGCUUGCUGGGGAUAGCGCUGGCGCUCCUGGGCGAGAGGCUCCUGGCGCUCAGGAAUCGACUUAAAGCCUCCAGAGAAGUAGAAUCCGUAGACCUUCCAAACUGCCACCUCAUUAAAGGAAUCGAGGCUGGUGCAGAUGAUAUUGACAUACUUCCCAAUGGUCUGGCUUUCUUUAGUGUGGGUUUAAAAUGUCCAGGACUCCACAGCUUUUCCCCAGAUAAGCCUGGAGGGAUACUAAUGAUGGAUCUAAAAGAAGAAAACCCGAGGGCACUGGAAUUAAGAAUCAGCCGUGGGUUCAAUUUGGCUUCGUUUAAUCCACAUGGUAUCAGCACUUUCAUAGACCGCGAUGACACAGUUUAUCUCUUUGUUGUAAACCACCCAGAAUUUAAGAAUACAGUGGAAAUUUUUAAAUUUGAAGAAGAAGAAAAUUCUCUUUUGCACCUAAAAACAAUCAAACAUGAACUUCUUCCAAGUGUGAAUGAUAUCAUAGCUGUUGGACCGGCACAUUUCUAUGCCACCAAUGACCACUAUUUCUCUGAUCCUUUCUUAAAGUAUUUGGAAACAUACUUGAACUUACACUGGGCAAAUGUUGUUUACUACAGUCCAGAUGAAGUUAAAGUGGUAGCAGAAGGGUUUGAUGCAGCAAAUGGGAUCAAUAUUUCACCUGAUAAAAAGUACAUCUACGUUGCUGAUAUACUGGCUCAUGAAAUUCAUGUUUUGGAAAAACACCCUAAUAUGAACUUAACUCAAUUGAAGGUACUCAAGUUGGAUACACUAGUGGAUAAUUUAUCUAUUGAUCCUUCCUCGGGGGACAUCUUCGUAGGCUGUCAUCCUAAUGGCCAGAAGCUCUUCGUUUAUGACCCAAACAAUCCUCCGUCGUCAGAGGUUCUCCGCAUCCAGAAUAUUCUAUCUGAGAAGCCUACCGUGACUACUGUUUAUGCCAACAACGGAUCUGUUCUCCAGGGAAGUUCCGUGGCCUCAGUAUAUGAUAGAAAGUUGCUCAUAGGCACUUUAUACCACAGAGCCCUAUACUGUGAACUCUAAAUUGUACUUUUGGGAUACAAGUGUGCUAACUUCUUUUUAACAAUUAAGUUUCUAUGGAUUGCUAAUUCUGUGGGGAUUUAACCAUGAAAAGUGGACCCAGAAAUGUAUGACACGUAUAGUUAAUUUUAUUUUAGCAAGGAAAGCCCCCUUCAGUUCUGAUAGCACUUUUAAAAUAAAAGGAAAAGGGACAGUGUUUAAAACUGCUGAGUAAAGGAGAGAGAACACAGCUGCUUCCAGUCAACUGGAUACACUGAACAAAAUAAGCCUCAUCUCUCUGCCUGCCAACUGCCAGAGCAUGCGUUCCACUGAAAACAGGGUAGACUGCAUUUCCUUAAAAUGUGGGUGACCUCAGCUCCAACAGUGUGACCACUGUGACUGUUCAGAACUACUGAUAGAUAACAUUAGGAUGUUUUCAACUUACAUCUUUGUAUACUAUUAACAAGUUGGGAGUUAGAUUAAAGGCUAACUGAAAUCCAA